AUGGGGGACAGCGAUGAUGAAUAUGAUCGUAAAAGGAGGGAUAAAUUUAGAGGAGAAAGAACUGAAAGUUAUUCUCGAGAUAGUCGAAGAGGUUCCUCGAGUGAUAGCCGAAGAGAUGAAUGGAACGAAAGGUGGGCAAAUGGCAUUCUAUCCGAGUCUCCGAUAGGGAGUGGUAGACAAGUAUCUAGAUCGACCAGAGGUGAAUAUAGGGAAUAUAGAGGUGGUUCUACUAGGGAAAGAUAUUCUCCUGCACCACCAGUGAAGAGGUACAAAGCUGAUGGUUGGGAUGAUAGAAGGUAUGCAGGUGCUGAUUAUGCACCCUAUGGGGGACCAUGGGGCCAUGAAUAUGGUGCCAGCGAACGAUAUGCAAAUGCUCAUCCGAGGGAACCUGCUCCGACUGGCGGAUUGGAAACUCAACCAGCUAUGAUGUCUUUCAAAGCAUUUCUCCAAUCUCAAGAUGAUACGAUAACAGAUGAAGAAGCAAUGACAAAGUAUAAUGAGUACAAACUAGAAUUUAAAAGACAACAACUCAAUGAAUUUUUUGUAGCCCACAAAGACGAGGAAUGGUUUAAAAUAAAAUACCAUCCGGAAGAAUCGGUAAAGAGAAAAGAAGAACAAUUGGCUGCGCUAAAGAAUCGAGUGGCCAUAUUUAACGAAUUUUUGGAAAAAGGUUUAAUCGAUAGCGUACGUUUGGACGGAGAUCAAAGCGAAGCAUUAAUUAGAUUGAUGGAUUGCGUUGUUGUCAGAUUGGAGGGUGGAAACGAAAUGGAUUUAAAAGCUCUCGAAACUCCAGAAACUGCUCCCGCUCCUCAAAAUAAAGUUAAAGAAGUUGAACCUGUUCCCGAAGAGAAACCAUUUGUUUUAGAAGAAAGUGACGAUGAAAAAGAAAAGAAAAAAGAUAAUGAUGAUAACAAACCGAUAGAACCAAUGCAAAUCGAUAUUGAUCAAGAACAAGUCGAACUUCAAAAUCAAGCGAAAGAAUUUUCAAAGCAAAACGUACAGGAGGAAGAGGAGGAGGAGGAGGAGGAGGAGGAUGAGGAGACGACGGAUAAUAAUAAGGGAGAAAAACCCGUGACGACGGAAGAGAAGAGGAAUAAAAGAAAAAGAGAAUAUGAUUUUGAAAGUGGGAGCGAAAGCGAAGAAGAGAAUAAUAAACCGAUAAAAAAUGAACCUCCUCCUCCGGGAGAGGAAGCGGAUAAAUCGGGAAAUGGAGAAAGUAAAAAGAAAAACGAAUUCGAUUCGGAAGGGGAGGGUGAAAGCGAGUCUCAAAACAACAGGCAAGAAAAUUCUGAGCCUGACAAAGAUGAAAAAUCCGAGGAUAAGGAGGAAAGCGUCGUGGAUAAAGAGGAAAAAGAAGAACGGGAAAACGAAUUGAUGGAAGUUGAAAAUCGUAGGCGAGACCUACAUAAAACUUCUAGUAUAUUUUUGAGAAAUUUAGCUCCGACAAUAACCAAAGCCGAAGUCGAGGGAAUGUGCAAAAGGUAUCCGGGUUUUUUAAGAGUUGCUUUAGCGGAACCACAGGCGGAACGAAGGUGGUUUAGACGAGGAUGGGUCACUUUUGAACGACACGUUAACAUAAAAGAAAUUUGUUGGAAUUUGAAUAAUAUUCGGUUAAGAGAUUGUGAGUUAGGAGCCAUCGUCAAUAAAGAUCUCACUCGACGAGUUAGAACGGUUAAUGGUAUAACAUCUCACAAACAAGUCGUGCGACACGACAUAAAACUCGCAGCUAAAAUGACUCACACGUUAGAUGCCAGGAAUAAUCUAUGGACUGAACCUAGCGAAAAUGGAUUGGAGGGAGGAGAAGCUGCUCAAAGCUUCGGUCUCGUGUCCAACAAUCCAGUUUUGCGUAACAUAACCGAUUAUUUAAUUGAAGAAGCUUCUGCCGAAGAGGAAGAGUUGUUGGGAACGACGCAAGCCGAAGAUGGCGGUCAAACGGAAGAUGCAUGUACAAUCGAAAGAGAUGAUUCGUUGAUAAAAGUCCUGGAUCGAUUGCUGUUGUACCUUCGAGUCGUUUACUCCGUGGACUAUUACAAUCAUUGUGAAUAUCCGCAAGAGGAUGAAAUGCCCAACAGAUGUGGACUCAUUCACGCGAGAGGCCUCGCUCCAACUACCAAAGUCUCGCAACAAGAAAUUCUAGACUAUUGCAAGCAAUUCGAAACGAAAAUAUCGACUCUCGUCACGCCCAAUCAAGUCUUGUCCCCGCCGGAACUGGCAAAAUUGGGAGCGAAAGACCCGGACAAAGAAGUGGAAAAAUUUAUUCAAGCCAACACGCAGGAAUUGUCCAAAGACAAAUGGUUGUGUCCGCUGUCGGGUAAAAAAUUCAAAGGACCGGAUUUCGUGAGGAAACACAUACAGAAUAAACACGCGGAAAAAGUUCAAGAGGUUGUAAAAGAAGUUGAAUAUUUUAAUAAUUAUUUAAUGGAUCCGAAACGGCCGCAGUUAGCCGAGCAUCCUGGUAACAAAGCACCCGUGAGAAGAGAGCCGGAACCGUUUAAUCCUCCCACUCAAGGCCCUCCAUCUUAUGCUCCGCACUACGCACCUUACGGGUAUCCUCCUCGUGGUGGAUUCUACGGUUACAGCAUGAGAGGAAUGAGGGGAGCUUUUCGGGGAAGGGGAGGACCUCCGGCACAAGAUUUUCGUCAAGUGAUACAUUAUAGAGAUUUGGAUGCUCCGAGAGAAGCCGAAGAAUUUAUAUAA